GCGGACCUCCCCCUUCUCGCCUGUUGUCUUUGCACGGGCAUGACAGAUGCAGCCUGCUUUGCCAACUGGUCCACAUUCGUGGGCAUGCAGACCGGCAACACCGUCAUCCUCGGCCUCUCCGCCUCCAGCCUUCCCCCACGACCCUACACCUGGCUCAGUACCCUGGUCUCGAUCUCCUCCUACCUCAUGGGAUGCUACGUGACGUUUCGCGUAGCGCGGCGCUUCGCCCCCAAAGACCUCUACUCCAACCGCCUCCUCUUCGUCUCCCUCUUCUUCAUCCAAAGCCUCCUGCUCUUCCUCUCAGCAUCCCUCGCCACGGUCCCCGGCCUGAUUCCGCAAAUCCCUCCAUCGGCACCCACACACGCCGCCGAAGACAAACGCGUCCUGGCCAGCAUCGAAAUCGUCGCAUUAAUCCCACCCCUCGCCAUCGAAAGCGGCUUCCAAAUCUCCUGCUCCCGCCUACUGGGCUUCAACGAGCUGCCGGUCAACGUGCUCACUUCCCUGUACUGCGAUACCGUGGGCGAUCCGAAUUUGUUUGCGCUGCACAACGUCAAGCGCAACCGCAGAGUGGCUGCGAUUGUGCUCCUGUUACUUGGCGCGAUUAUUAGUGGCUGGCUGAUGAGGAGCGCGGGUGGACUGGCGAGCGUGUUGUGGCUUGCGGGCGGGAUCAAGAUCAUUCUCGCCGUUGCCAUUCUU